UGAUGCGACUGCACCUCCCCAGGCGUCCGUCCCAGUCCGACUCGAAGACAUCCUGAUGCGAUGCCGCAAACUCCCCACCAUGUAAUAUACCGAUGAUACUUCGCUUUUCACAGAGAGUAUCGAAUCUCGGAACGUCCAAGCAUUUUUCCCCGUCGAGUUUGACCGUUGCAAGAAAAUCAUCGUAGUUUGUAGACAGGCGAGGAUCUUCAUCCAAUGUAGCGUUUGAAUAGAAUCUCCACCUUGUACUGUACACGUAAGGCGUAUCUUUUGGAGCCGUGUGUCCGAAGAUUAUUCCCCUCCAAUCUCGUAGAUAUGGUGCCAUCACAGGACAUGGGGACGUGACAGAAGGAGCAACGCGGAUACGUCACGGUAACCGAACGUGAUUGGCUGGGGGGCCGGACCGACGCGUUGGGUUGACAGGACCCUCCUAGCAAGCAGCCAUGUGUGCCCUUCCGCCCCCUCUGGCAUGUGUUGCUGCUGUCUAGUAUAUGAAAUCAACUGUGGAUAUCUGUCCAUAUCGCCGCCGUUCAGCGAACUUCCUCUCCGCAACGCACGCCCCGGCCUUCCAACCCUUCCUACACACUGUAAACCAGCCAAGAACCGAAGGGAGAAAAAAAGCACAAAAGAACCCCCAAACAUGGCCGCCAACCUCACUCAAGCCGGCGGAAGAGCAGCGUCCCAACCGUCCGUUUUCGAAGCCACCCCAACAUGGCGCCUCUUCCACGCCCACCACAAAAUCCUACGAGCGCUAGCGUCCGCGAUUAUCCGGAAACACCAUGACUUUACAUCGACAGGAGGCGCCUCCAGUAUCGCUGGACGGUCGGCGUUUUCAAGUAUCGGAUACGCCGCUCUCCCGUCAGCUGCUCAAAGAGCCGCGUAUCUGCGGGCCAUGUCCACGGGAGCUGCGUUGAGCAACAAUCACGGGGACCUUGCGGCUUAUGUGGCGUUGACCGCCGGGGAUCUGGCUCGGUUGAUGGCUGGGAAAGGGUCGUCGUCGGAGAUGCUGGCCUGUGGUGCUCGAGCUGGCGGACAGUAUGGCAAAGAGCUGGCGGUUUCGUCCGUCGCUCAUUUUGGGAAGGAAGGGCUUCUUCGAGCGUUGCAGCGGACGCUGCUUGCUAUUAUUGCGCUGAGCAAGGAGUUUUUGGCCAACCCCUGGGUUGACAUCUCUGUCGUUGCCGCCGCUCUGAGCGCCCUUUCUUGGCUAUACGUACGGCGUCUCCCCAACUCGUCACGAUCUGCCCAAGCCGAUUUCGAUGAAGCGUUGCGAGUCGCAGCUCUAAAUGAUCCGACAAACCCAGACGGCAUACUCUUCAAUGAACCCCCUGAAACACCCGUCCCGAUACCGUCCAUUCCCGACCCGACGCCACAAGAAGCGUAUAUAUCCCAACUGGAAUCGCAGAAUCGAUCCAUGAAUGAUCAACUUCAGAAGCUGUCGGCUCGCGCCACACAAUUGGCGGAGGCACUGGAGAGAAGCAUAAACCAUGUGACGGAUGUGGAGACACGGUUGGGAUAUCAGGGAAACGUCAUUGAGCGGCUGGAGGAGGAAAAUCGGACCCUCCGAACCCGACUGGAAGAAAUCCUCACAGCGUCAAUGCAUUCGGAGCUUAGGGUCCCUUCCGUAGUCUCACGAUCCUCGGCAGGGUCCGUCGCAUCCGUUCCGCCAUCUCCGAGCUUGAGCUCAUCUGAUUCGUACGAAUGGGUUCAACUUCCUGAAGCGUCACUCACUUAGGAGCAAUCACGAAACCCAACGCUCUUUAUGGGCAGGGGCGCCUUGUUUCUUGUUGCAUCAUCGUUUGGUAUUGUAGUAUAAGUAUAUCAUCUGUA